AUGCGGUUACUAGAAGCCACCACCCUACGCCUGGUUGAUUUUGCCCCUGAUAAUAUUCCUCUGUAUGCAAUCCUCUCACACACAUGGGAGGAGGGCGAGGUCUUGUUCGAAGACAUUGGCAAGGGGACUGCAUCGACGAAGCCAGGGUAUAAGAAGAUCGAAUACACGGCACAGCAGGCUCUUCGUGAUGGGCUCGAAUAUAUCUGGGUAGAUACGUGCUGCAUCAAUAAGGAGAGCAGUGCCGAACUUUCAGAAUCUAUCAACUCCAUGUUCCGCUGGUAUCAGCAGGCGCAGGUCUGCUAUGCUUACUUAGCCGAUCUGGAUGGGGAUAUAAACGAAAUGGUAUCCUGUCGUUGGUUUACGCGAGGCUUUACUCUGCAGGAGCUCAUCGCUCCAAGCAACGUGGUCUUUUUCUCUCGAAGCUGGGUUUCACUUGGCAGUAAAAUGGAUCUCUGUGAUGCCAUCUCCGAUAUCACGGGAAUUGGCCUUGAGUAUCUCUGCCAGUAUCGGGAAUUGGAAUGUGCCAGCAUUGCUCAGCGGAUGUCGUGGGCAGCGACUCGGCAGACAAGCCGUCCCGAAGACAUAGCCUAUUGCCUGUUGGGGAUCUUUAGUGUGAAUAUGCCACUACUUUACGGCGAAGGCGCUCGAGCCUUUAUUCGUCUAGAAGAAGAAAUUAUGCGGAAAUCAGCUGACCAGUCGCUCUUCGCAUGG